AUGUAUUAAGUCUUUAUUAGUGGUUUGCCAUAUACUGCUUCAGAAAAUGAUGUUUAAUCUCUUUUUGAAGACUGCGGAGAGAUCCUGUAAUUCAUAUUUAUCUAAACUAGUUCCAUUAAAUUGCCCAGAUAUUAGGAUUCAAACAGACUUCUAGGAUAUGGUCAUAUCACAUUUAGUGAUUCCGAAGCUAUUUAAAAAGCCUUAGCACUUAAUGGUACUCAAUUAGGCGGCAGAUAUAUCGAUGUCAAAGAGGCCAAAGGAACUCAGCCUCAAAAACCAAAUGUUCCUCCUCCUGAUUGUCUCACAAUCUUCGUCAAAAAUCUCUCCUAUGAUCUGAACGCCGAUUAAAUCGGAGACUCCUUUAGACCUUGUGGUAAAGUAGCAAAUGUUAGAAUGGUGUACAACACUGUAACCAAGAAUUUUAAAGGCUUUGCUUAUAUAGAUUUCGAAGAUCAUUAAUCAGUGAUUAAGGCCUUAUAAAUGAAUGGAAAAAAGGUUCACGGAAGGCAAGUCUAAGUUGAUUUUGAUGUCAAAAAGCCUAAAGCAGGAUAUAGAUAUCAACCGAAACAAGUCGAAUAAUAAAACAAAUAUAACAAAGAAUAUUAAGAAAUUUAGAAAAAGAAAAUCAAAAAGGAAAAAGCUGUCGAAAAAGUCAAGAAAAUUAAGAACUUUGCUGAAACUCAAAAAUAAAUAUCUGCUCAAAGAAAUAAACAAUAAAUAUGA